AUGGAAAAGAUGAGCUUUGCUAGGAAAUGGGUAUGCUGGGUUAUGGCAUGUGUGAGCACGAUGUCAUAUACAAUCCUUCUCAACUGCCGAGAACAUGGUUUCAUUAGGCCUGAACGUGGAAUUCGUCAAGGCGACCCAAUCUCUCCAUUCUUGUUCAUCAUAUGUACAGAGGCACUCGUGAGUGUGUUGAAUAAUGCAAAAAGUAAAGGACGUCUACAUGGUAUUAAGCUUGCUGUCGGUGGACCUUUGGUUCUUCAUUUGUUGUUUGUUGAUGGCAGUUUGCUGUUGUGCCAAGCGAACUUGAUGGAGAGUGUUGAGAUUAAUCCAUCUAAGUCUUCUAUAAUAUUUGGUGAAAGAGUUGAGGAGGGUAUCAAAGCAGACAUCAAACAUAUACUUGUUAUUGAUAAAGAGGGAGGCGAGGGCACUUAUCUUGGUCUUCCUGAAGUUUUCAAGGGUUCAAAGAGGAACAUACUGAACUUUAUCAGAGAAAGACUGCAUAACAGAAUCCAUAGGUGGUUUGCGAAAUCACUCUCGCCAGGGGGUAAGGAAAUUCUUAUCAAGUCUGUUGGUCUGGCACUCCCCAUUUAUACGAUGUCAGUUUUUAGGCUCCCUAAAGACCUAUGUGCUAAGCUUACUUCAGCACUACGGGAUUUCUGGUGGAGUGAUGGAAGCUCUAGACGUAAAUUACCUUGGGUUACCUGGGAGAAGCUAUGCCAAAGCAAAGAGAAUGGUGGUAUGGGGUUUCAUGAUAUAUAA